GACAGUGACACCGGAGAGAAAGAGAGUGUAUGUGUGUGUGCAGUGUAGUUUGGAUCCAAACCCAAAGGUAGUGUUUGGAAUCUGUUCUUUGCCAAUCCCUACUCUGGAUUUCAUUCCAACAAACCGUUGACUCUGACUCUUCUUCAUUCCAUCGUCACAAGAUUCAGAUCCACUGUCAUUCCAUUUCCAAUUUCUCCAUGAAACCCUAAUUCCACCAUUGUUGUUCACCUUCAAAUCUUCAACAAUGGCUCAAGAUCUCAAACCCUCCAUCAGCUCCUUCUCGCUCCCCAAAACCCUAAAGCUCAAGACCAAGCAGCAGGAGCUCCUCAUCCGCGUCGCCACACUCGCCCUCAUCUACGUCCUCGCCUUCAUCACGCGCCUCUUCAGCGUCCUCCGCUAUGAGUCCAUGAUUCACGAGUUCGACCCCUACUUCAACUACCGCACCACGCUCUUCCUCACUCGCAAUGGCUUCGCCGAGUUCUGGAACUGGUUCGACUCCGAGUCCUGGUACCCGCUCGGCCGCAUCAUCGGCGGCACGCUUUACCCCGGCCUCAUGCUCACCGCCGCUGCCAUUCACUCCUUACUCCGCUUCCUCCGCCUCUUCGUUCACAUCCGGGAGGUCUGCGUCCUCACGGCCCCUUUCUUCGCCUCCAAUACCACUCUCGUCGCGUAUUUCUUUGCCAAGGAGGUCUGGGACUCCGGCGCCGGCAUUGUUGCCGCGGCGCUCAUCGCGAUCUGUCCUGGGUACAUCUCGCGCUCCGUCGCUGGCUCUUACGACAACGAGGGCGUGGCGAUCUUCGCGCUGUUGCUGACCUUUUACCUCUUUGUGAAGGCCGUGAACACUGGGUCGCUGGCGUGGGCUUUGGGUUCGGCGUUUGGGUACUUCUACAUGGUGUCCGCGUGGGGAGGUUACGUUUUUAUAAUCAAUUUGGUGCCGCUUUAUGUGCUGGUGCUGCUUGUGACUGGGAGGUACUCGUUGAGGUUGUAUGUGGCGUAUAACUGCAUGUAUGUCUUGGGGAUGCUGCUGGCAAUGCAGAUUAGAUUUGUGGGGUUCCAGCAUGUGCAGUCCGGGGAGCACAUGGCGUCAAUGGGUGUGUUUUUCUUGCUGCAGGUGUUUUUCUUCCUGGAUUGGGUGAGGCAUUUGCUUAGUGACACCAAGCUCUUUCAGUCUUUUUUGAAGAUCACUGUGACCAGUGCGGUUGCUGUUGGUGCUGUGGCUUUGGGAGUGGGCAUGGCGUCUGGUUAUAUUUCUCCAUGGACUGGGAGGUUUUACUCCUUGCUUGAUCCAACUUAUGCCAAGGAUCACAUUCCGAUUAUAGCAUCUGUCUCUGAGCAUCAACCAACUGCUUGGUCAUCCUUCAUGUUUGAUUUCCAUAUCUUGCUGUUCCUUUUCCCUUCUGGUCUCUAUUUUUGUUUCAAGCGCUUGUCUGAUGCCACAAUCUUUUUAGUUAUGUAUGGUCUUACAAGCAUGUAUUUUGCUGGGGUUAUGGUUCGGUUGAUUCUUGUUGCUACCCCUGCUGUGUGCCUCAUUAGUGCUAUUGCCGUUUCUGCCACAAUAAAAAAUUUAACACGGGUGGUGAGGGCCAAGAGCCCAGCUGUUCAAAGUGGAUCUACUAAAGGAACUAGCACUGCAAAAAGUUCUUCUAAGGGUGUAGUUGACAACUCCCAGCCUUUCCAAAGGAAUGGUGCAAUUGUGUUACUCCUUGGUGCUUUCUAUUUGCUGAGUAGAUAUGCUAUUCACUGCACUUGGGUCACAUCAGAGGCUUACUCAUCUCCUUCAAUUGUCUUGGCUGCGAGGGGUGCUCAUGGCCAAAGGGUCAUCUUUGAUGAUUAUCGUGAAGCAUACUUUUGGCUUCGACAGAACACUCCACCAGAUGCCAAAGUGAUGUCGUGGUGGGAUUACGGUUAUCAAAUCACUGCCAUGGGGAACAGAACUGUAAUUGUUGACAAUAACACCUGGAACAACACUCACAUAGCUACUGUCGGGCGAGCAAUGUCAUCCUAUGAGGAUGAGGCUUAUGAGAUAAUGAGAUCGCUUGAUGUGGACUAUGUAUUAGUCGUGUUUGGUGGUGUUACUGGUUAUUCUUCAGAUGAUAUUAAUAAAUUUCUUUGGAUGGUGAGAAUUGGUGGCGGAGUUUUCCCUGUGAUAAAGGAACCUGAUUACCUUGUGAAUGGAGAAUAUCGAGUAGAUAAAGGAGCUGCUCCGAAGAUGUUGAACUGUCUCAUGUACAAGCUAUCCUAUUAUCGGUUUGGGGAGUUGACAACAGAAUAUGGAAAGCCACCUGGAUAUGAUCGCGCUAGAGGUGUUGAAAUUGGAAAUAAGGACAUAAAGCUGGAGUACUUGGAAGAGGCAUUCACUACACAGAAUUGGAUAGUUCGUAUUUAUAAAGUGAAACCUCCUAAAAACAGAUGGUAACUCUAAUCUCCCAUCCCCAAAUGCCCAAAAAUGCAAAAAACAAAGACUGUUUUCUCCGCGGGAAAUGAUAGCUUUCUAGUGAACUUGAGCGUUGAAAAUCUGUUUACAGAUUCUGGACCAUUUUUGAAGUAUGUAGAAUUAGUUGAGCUCAUUUUGUGGAUUUUGUUUCUCUUUACUGCAGUUUAUGACUUACUGCCAACUUAACUUAUUGGCUUGUUGUCACAUGUUUGCCACAGAUUAUACAAUAUUGCCGUAAUACCACUUUUAGAACCGAGCCAAA